AAUGAUUGUAGACAAGGUGGCUCUAGUUAUAAUUCUGCAAAAUCGAUCAUGAAUAGUAAACUUGCAGCAUGCUUUCAUGAUAGUGAACCAGCAUAUUUUAAUGAUACUGAAUGUUCGAGACCAGUCUUAGCCAAACAUGAAUCUUUUUUCAGAAGAUUUUUGGAUAUGUUUUCGCAAGAAAAACAGGAUAAAUUAUUUGGAGCCAAUUAA